AUGCCUCCGCACCGCCCCAACACCCCGAUUUCCGCCGCAUCAUCCUUUAGCUGCGACCCUUGCUCCUCCUCAGGUCCGCCCCCGUCUGCUCCUCCCUUGCCUUUUGCAGGUCGGGGCCCUGCCACACCACCGGAGGACCCGCCAAGCCCCACCCCGUCCCCCCCCGUGGAGCUCUCCGCCUUCUUCGCGUCUAUCUCAGCCUUCCUGGAGGGUGACUACCUCAACGAAAGGACACUCACACUCGCCCAGGUCUCCCCUGCCCGCCUGGAAAGAUUCCAGCGCUGGGCUCUGAACCGCAGACUUCACCGGCUACGGUAUAUCUACGACGCGGCCACCCGCACGCUCACGCUCCGCGGCAUGAUCACGACUGUACACGACGCGAUCAUUCAGUGGUUGAUGGAGAUCUAUUCGAAGCUAAGCCUCUCCGACGAGGAGCGGGCACACAUCCAGUUUAAUACGGGCUAUGAUAUACCACUACAGGGUGGCGGGAUACGGCAGCCAGAUGCGUCGUUCAGAUAUGUGUUUAUAGAUGAGAAGGAAGGGGUGGAAGUGACUGACCCGUAUCCGCGGGUGAUCUUCGAGGUGGCCUUCUCGCAGAAACAUGACGAUGUGAAGUGCGUGGCGGAGAGCUGGCUCAAAGGCACCAAGGGUAUGGUGAGCGUGGUGGUGGUAGUCAAUAUCGAGGAGGGAGGCAAGCGUAACGGAACCGGGGAUGCCGAUGAGAGCGUCAACAGGAUGGAUCAGGAUGGCGAUGGCGAGGAUCAGGCAGAGGAAUCAACUGAGUCAGAAGCAGAGUCGGAAGACUUCACAUCGGCGCAAGUGAUCGCGAACUUCCACAAGAGAUGCAACCCCUCGGAUGUUGUCGGGCCGCUUACAGCCACGGUCGAGCUCUUCCGCCUGCGAGAAGACGGUAAUAUGAGAUUCCUCCCAGACCAGAGCCCCGAAGUAGACCCUGUGUUGAAAAUUUCAGACCUGUUGCGCGACACCAAGGACGGUGAUCGGCGGACAGUGGCCCUACCGCUGGCGCGGUAUGGGUAG